AUGUAGCAAGGAUAAGAUUCAAACUCAUUCGAAUAUCUUUAAAAGCUUGCAUUGCAAUUAGAAUAAAAUAAAUAGUUUAGAGUGAUCGACUUAGAUGGAUAAAAAGGAUCAUUUGACCAAAUUGUCAUCGCAGAGAAUCUCCUUUCAAAGUCUCAUCAUACAAUCAAAAUAAUUUCUAUUUUCGAUGGAAUAGACUAAGUCUCUUAACAAAAACUAUAGGAUGCUAAAAAAGAAGCAUUAUUUUUGAAAAAUACCAAUCAUCAAAACAUCAUCAAAUAUUGUGAUGAGUUUUAAAUUGGCUUUAACUACUUUAUUGUCAUGGAAAAGUAUGAAAAAAAUCUUUAGCAAUUUAUUGAAGACUUCAAAAACCAAAAAAUUGAAAUCCCAAAACACCUCUUAGUCAGUUUUGCUUGUUAGAUACUAUCUGCAAUCAACUAUCUCCAUCUGCAAAACCAAAUGUUUAUAAAUCUCUCCUUAAGGAGUAUCUUGAUAGACAGUCACAAUCAAAUCAAGCUAUAUGAUUUAGGUCUAGCCAAAUAAGCGUAGGAAGAACUCAACUCCUCUUUGAUCCUCACAACAUUCCCCAAAAGAUCCACCUGUUACUAUACUCCUGAAUUACUAGAAUAAUUUGAAAUGAGUGGAGAAUAGAAUAAAAAGGAUAUAUUAAAGAAUUUCUUAGAUGCAGAUAUUUGGGCAUUUGGAUUAUGUUUGUAUGCUCUAGCGGGAGCCUCUUAAAAAGAAUUAUCCUCACUUAAAUUAAAAGGAUACCAAAAAUUGAAUUCUCUUGAUUAGUCUUUGAAUUCAAUCUUAUCUUAGAUUCUUUCUUUAGAUCCAAACUAAAGGCCUAGCAUUUUGAAACUUAUAGAUGUCUUUGAAGAUAUGAGGAUGCAAAUCUGGACCUCUGAUGAUUCAGCAGAUCUUUAUCAGGAUUUUUUGGAGAAAAAGAAGGCUCAUUAGUGGUAUUUGGCAUAUCAAUUCAUUUGCAUUUGUUGUCAAAUAUAAUAAAAAAAUGAAACUUAUUGGUUUGAAUUGGGUUAAAUAUAACAUGAAUUAAAGUAUUUUAGUGAGGCUAUCUAAUCAUAUUAGAAAUGCCUAGAAAUUAAUCCUAAAAAUGAUGCUUGCCAUGAGAAUUUAGGAAUUACUUACAAUGAAAAAGGCUUACAGGAUGAGGCUAUCUAAUCAUAUUAGAAAUGCCUAGAAAUUAAUUCUAAAAAUGGUGGUUGCUAUGGGAAUUUAGGAAUUGCUUAUAAUUAAAAAGGCUUAUAGGAUGAGGCUAUCUAAUCAUAUUAGAAAUGUCUAGAAAUUAAUCCUAAAAAUGAUGAUUGCUAUAACAAUUUAGGAAAUUCUUACAAAAUAAAAGGCUUACUGGAUAAAGCUAUUAAAUCAUAUAGGAAAUGCCUAAAAAUUAAUCCUAAAAAUGAUAUUUGCCAUGAGAAUUUAGGAAUUGCUUACAAUGAAAAAGACUUACAGGAUGAGGCUAUCUAAUCAUAUCAGAAAUGCCUAGAGAUUAAUCCUAAUAAAGAUAGUUGCUAUUACAAUUUAGGAAAUGCUUACAAAGCAGAAGGCUUACUGGAUGAGGCUAUCUAAUCAUAUUAGAAAUGCCUAAAAAUUAAUCCUAAAAAUAAUUUUUGCUAUAACAAUUUAGGAAUUGCUUACAAUGAAAAAGGCUUACUCGAUGAGGCUAUCUAAUCAUAUUAGAAAUGCCUAGAAAUUAAUCCUUAAAAUUAUGUUUGCUAUAACAAUUUAGGAAUUGCUUACAAUUAAAAAGGCUUACAAGAUGAGGCUAUCUAAUCAUAUUAGAAAUUCAUAAAGAUUAAUCCUAAUAAAGAUAGUUGUUACUAAAAUUUAGGAAAUGCUUACUUAGCAAAAGGCUUACAGGAUGAGGCUAUCUAAUCAUAUUAGCAAUGUCUAGAAAUUAAUCCUUAAAAUUAUGGUUGCUAUGAGAAUUUAGGAAUUGCUUACAAUGAAAAAGGCUUACAAGAUGAGGCUAUCUAAUCAUAUUAGAAAUACCUAGAGAUUAAUCCUAAUAAAGAUAGUUGUUAUUAAAAUUUAGGAAAUGCUUACAAAGCAAAAGGCUUACUCAAUGAGGCUAUCUAAUCAUAUUAGUAAUGCCUAAAAAUUAAUCCUAAAAACGAUGGUUGCCAUGAGAAUUUAGGAAUUGCUUAGUAUGAAAAAGGUUUACUGGAUGAGGCUAUCUAAUCAUAUUAGAAAUGCUUAAAAAUUAGUCCUAAAAAUGAUAGUUGCUAUAACAAUUUAGGAAAUGCUUACAAAGCAAAAGGUUAUUUAGAUGAGGCUAUCUAAUCAUAUUAGCUAUGCCUAGAAAUUAAUCCUAAAAAUGAUUGUUGUCAUGAGAAUCUAGGAAUUACUUACAAUGAAAAAGACUUACAUGAUGAUGCUAUCUAAUCAUAUUAGAAAUGCCUUGAGAUUAACCCUAAUAUAGAUAGUUUCUAUUACAAUUUAGGAAAUGCUUACAAAGCAAAGGGCUUACUGGAUGAAGCUAUUAAAUCAUAUUAGAAAUGUCUAGAAACUAAUCCUAAAAAUAAUUUUUGCUAUAACAAUUUAGGAAUUGCUUACAACGAAAAAGGCUUACAUGAUGAGGCUAUCUAAUCAUAUUAGAAAUGUCUAGAAAUUAAUCCUAAUAAUGAUGUUUGCUAUAACAAUUUAGGAAUAGCUUACAAUUAAAAAGGCUUACAGGAUGAGGCUAUCUAAUCAUAUUAGAAAUACCUAGAAAUAAAUCCUAAAGAUGAUGUUUGCUAUAAUAAUUUAGGAAAUGCUUAUAAAGGAAAAGGCUUACAUGAUGAGGCUAUCUAAUCAUAUUAGAAAUGCCUAGAAAUUAAUCCUAAAAAUGAUGGUUGUCAUGAGAAUUUAGGAAUUGCUUACAAUGAAAAAGGCUUAUAGGAUGAGGCUAUCUAAUAUUAUUUAUAAUGCCUAGAGAUUAAUCCUAACAAAGAUAGUUGCUAUUAAAAUUUAGGAAAUGCUUACAAAGCAAAAGGCUUAUAUGAUGAAGCUAUUAAAUCAUAUUAGCAAUGUCUAGAAAUUAAUCCUUAAAAUUAUGGUUGCUAUGAGAAUUUAGGAAUUGCUUAUAAUGAAAAAGGCUUACAGGAUGAGGCUAUAUAAUCAUAUCAGAAAUGUCUAGAGAUUAAUCCUAAUAAAGAUAGUUGUUAUAACAAUUUAGGAAAUGCUUACUAUGAAAAAGGCUUUCAAGAUGAGGCUAUCUAAUCAUAUUAGAAAUGCCUAGAAAUUAAUCCUAAAAAUGAAGGUUGCUAUAACAAUUUAGGAAUUGCAUACAAUGAAAAAGGCUUACAGGAUGAGGCUAUCUAAUCAUAUUAGAAAUACCUUGAAAUUAAUCCUAAAAAUGAUGCUUGCUAUAACAAUUUAGGAAAUGCUUACUAAGCAAAAGGCUUACAGGAUGAGGCUAUUAAAUAAUAUUAGAAAUGCCUUGAAAUUAAUCCUAAAAAUGAAGGUUGCUAUGAAAAUUUAGGAAAUGCUUACAAUCAAAAGGGCUUACAAGAUGAGGCUAUCUAAUCAUAUUAGAAAUGCCUAGAGAUGAAUCCUAAUAAAGAUAGUUGCUAUUACAAUUUAGGAAAUGCUUACAAAGCAAAAGGCUUACUGGAUGAAGCUAUUAAAUCCUAUUAGAAAUGUCUAGAAAUUAAUUCUAAAAAUGGUGGUUGCUAUGGGAAUUUAGGAAUUGCUUACAAUGAAUUAGGCUUACAGGAUGAGGCUAUCUAAUCAUAUUAGAAAUACCUAGAAAUAAAUCCUGAAAAUGAUGUUUGCUAUAACAAUUUAGGAAAUGCUUACAAAACAAAAGGCUUACUCGAUGAAGCUAUUAAAUCAUAUUAGAAAUGCCUAGAAAUUAAUCUUAAAAAUGAUGGUUGCUAUGAGAAUUUAGGAAUUGCUUACAAUGAAAAAGGCUUACAGGAUGAGGCGAUCUAAUCAUAUUAGAAAUGUCUAGAAAUUAAUCCUAAAAAUGAUAUUUGCUAUAACAAUUUAGGAAUUGCUUACUAUGAAAAAGGCUUACAAGAUGAGGCUAUCUAAUCAUAUUAGAAAUGCCUAGAAAUUAACCCUAAAAAUGAAGGCUGCUAUAAUAAUUUAGGAAUUGUUUACAAUGAAAAAGGCUUACAGGAUGAGGCUAUCUAAUCAUAUGAGAAAUGCCUAGAGAUUAAUCCUACUAAAGAUAGUUGCUAUAACAAUUUAGGAAAUACUUACAAAGCAAAAGGCUUACUGGAUGAAGCUAUUAAUUCAUAUUAGAAAUGCCUUGAAAUUAAUCCUAAAAAUGAUGGUUGUCAUGAGAAUUUAGGAAUUGCUUACAAUGAAAAAGGCUUACUGGAUGAAGCCAUUAAAUCAUAUUAGAAAUGUCUAGAAAUAAAUCCUAAAAAUGAUGUUUGCUAUAAAAAUUUAGGAAUUGCUUACUAUGAAAUAGGUUUACUGGAUGAGGCUAUCUAAUCAUAUUAGAAAUGCCUAGAAAUUAAUCCUAAAAAUGAUGUUUGCUAUAACAAUUUAGGAAUUGCUUACAAUGAAAAAGGCUUGCAGGACGAGGCUAUCUAAUCAUAUUAGAAAUACCUAGAGAUGAAUCCUAAAAAUGAUGUUUGCUAUAACAAUUUAGGAAAUGCUUACUAUGAAAAAGGCUUACAUGAUGAGGCUAUCUAAUCAUAUUAGAAAUGCCUAGAAAUUAAUCCUAAAAAUGAUGGUUGCCUUGAGAAUUUAGGAGUUGCUUACAAAGCAAAAGGCUUACUGGAUGCAGCUAUUAAAUCAUAUUAGAAAUGCCUAGAGAUUAAUCCGGAUAAAGAUAGUUGCUACUACAAUUUAGGAAAGGCUUACUGGAUGAAGCUAUCAAAUCAUAUUAGUAAUGCCUAAUUCUGA